UCAGGAGCAUGCACACAGCAAACAUCCCAUCAGCUUCAGACAUUGAUCCUGGCAGCAGCACAGACAGCACCUGACCUCUGCAGCAUCAGCACCAGAAGAAGCUGGUCGUUCCUUCUCUCAGAAACUGAAAGCAGUAGCACAUCAUCAUCACAACAGUAGGAGGCGAGCAGAUCACAUCAUGCACUGGACUUUCCUCGCGUACACACUUAGAUCUAUUUCCUAAACCACACUGGGAAUGGACAGCUGUCUCUGAACUUAAUCAGCAGAGGUUUUUCAGGACUGAUAAAAAGUUUUGCGCUCGUUUAUUUAUUCGCACACAUUCCUUUACACUAGAAGGAAAGGGUUGCAUGUGCGUUUUCUUUUCUAUUGUGACUGUUUAAAGACUGCAGCAGUAAAUUCAAAACUAAAAUGCAUAUUAUUUACGCGUUGUAAACUUAAAACAACAUUAAGAUACUUUGAUAUAAGAUUUUAGGAAUUAGUGCGUCACUUUUUUUCGGUAAGUUUCCUAAACUGAUAGUUAGCUAUUAGUCAAACUUGUCUCACAAGCAAGCAGUCGCAUAGACAGUCAGCGCAUUGAUAUAUUGGAGGAUAUGGUUAAAUAACAAGCUUUCGAGGAAGUUUACCUUUAUAAACAUAAGUUCGGAUUCGUCGGAAAAGCUUGGAGCUUUAGAAACUUUUCCGCGUAAAAGCGCACAGGACGCGCAAAGAGGCGGCAUUCUGCGAGCACCAUCAUCACCAACUCAAUAAGCGCAGCAGUUCUCUCCUCUGAAAGCAGAAAACAAGACGUAGAAUGGCCGAUGAGCUUGUUUCCAUCACUAAUGGGAUUGUGCUGCUGUGAUUUGUCGGACCGGAGGGAAGGUUGAGCCACACACGCUCGGUUCGUGCAGCAUCGCGGUGCGCGCUCGGGGAUGAUCAGGAUCUUCCCGGAUUUCAGUGUUCAGGUGACGGCGGCGGCGGCUGCAGGUGCGGGAGCCGGUGGAGGGAUGCCGGCUGCGUCCAGAGUCCCGGGAGCUACCAACGGGAACCCGCAAAACGUCCAAGGUUUGACGUCCUACCAACAAAGCGAGCCAUACUGGGAAAGGUCUGCUAAUGCAAGCUCCUGCUCCGCCACUAGGCCCAAGACACUCCACCUUGGAGGGCAACAACAUACCUCAUCACCAUGGUUGCAGGCUCUGAGGAAGGAGAAGUCACGUGACGCCGCUCGCUCGCGCAGGGGGAAGGAAAACUUCGAGUUCUACGAGCUGGCAAAGAUGCUUCCGCUCCCCGGUGCCAUCACCAGCCAGCUGGACAAGGCCUCCAUCAUCCGCCUCACCAUCAGCUACCUUAAGAUGAGGGACUUCGCCAACCAGGGGGACCCGCCGUGGAACCUGCGCUUCGAAGGACCACCGCCCAACACCUCAGUCAAAGCUAUCGGGUCCCAACGGAGGCGGAGCCCCAGUGCUGUUGCCACGGAGAUCUUUGAGCCUCACCUUGGCAGCCACAUCCUGCAGUCCCUGGAUGGAUUUGUAUUUGCACUAAACAAGGAGGGGAGGUUUUUGUACAUCUCAGAGACGGUCUCCAUAUACCUGGGGCUUUCACAGGUAGAGCUGACGGGCAGCAGUGUGUUUGACUACGUUCAUCCGGGCGAUCAUGUGGAGAUGGCCGAGCAGCUGGGCAUGAAGCUUCCGCCGGGCAGAGGGCUGCUGUCUCAGGGCGGCGGGGCCGAGGACGGGGCCAGCUCUGCCUCUUCUUCCUCUCACUCUGAGACACCUGAGCCAGUGGAGUCGAACAGCCCUAGUCUCCUGUCGCCGGAUAACACUCUAGAACGUUCCUUCUUCAUCCGAAUGAAAUCCACACUCACCAAGAGAGGCGUCCACAUCAAGUCCUCUGGAUACAAGGUUAUCCACAUUACCGGCAGGCUGCGGAUAAGAAUGGCAUUAACACACAGUCGUUCAGUACCCAAUCAAAUCAUGGGAAUGGUUGUGGUGGCACACGCACUUCCUCCGCCAACCAUCAAUGAGGUUCGGAUCGACUGCCAGAUGUUUGUUACACGGGUCAACAUGGAUCUCAACAUCGUCUACUGUGAAAAUAGAAUCAGCGACUACAUGGACCUGACACCUGUCGACAUCGUAGGAAAGAGAUGUUAUCACUUCAUUCAUGCAGAGGACGUGGAAGGCAUUCGGCAAAGCCAUUUAGACCUGAUGAAUAAAGGUCAGUGUGUGACAAAGUAUUACCGCUGGAUUCAGAAAAAUGGAGGUUAUAUAUGGAUCCAGUCCAGUGCCACUAUUGCAAUCAACGCCAAGAAUGCCAACGAGAAAAACAUAAUCUGGGUCAACUAUGUACUCAGUAAUCCAGAGUACAAAGACACACCCAUGGAUAUCGCACAGCUGCCUAACCUGCCAGAGAAAGCAUCAGAGUCCUCCGAAACAUCUGAUUCUGAAUCCGACUCCAAGGAGAACUCUGAAGACAACGAAAACUCCAAGUCAGAUGGGAAGGGCAAUCAGUCUUCCGAGAACAGUGAAGAUCCAGAGUCAGACAGUAAGAAACAGACGGGUCAGCCACCAGAGCAAGAGAUGAGACGACAGGAGGAAGGAGACAGUUCCAGCAAUCCAGAAAGUCAGGACAGUGAUGAUAGUCUGGAACCUUCUGACUGUGAAACUGACCACAAGGAGGGCCGCCUGGGUGGUUUACACAUAAAGGUGGAGCGCUAUGGUGACGGUGAGGUGGAGGAACUACAGGACUCGCCCUCCUCUUGCUCCUCCUCAGAAGAAGAAGAGGAUGAUGUGGAAGAUAUUGUAAAAAACUGCAACAGUGGAGGAGAGCUGAGCGGGCCAGCAAUGAGUAAACACCAGAAGAGAAAGAAGAGGAGAAAAAAGCAGAAAUGGGAUGGUAGUCGGCAACGUCUCCGUCUGUCUCCCUCGGCGGCUGCUACCCCAAGCCCUGGCAGCCUGGACCCUACCCUUGGAGACCAGCCUCCCCUCCUGCUUCCAGCCUCCCCAACCAAUUCCUCUGUGCUGAAGAUCAAGACUGAGAUGUCAGAACCUAUAAACUUUGACAACGACAGCAGCAUCUGGAACUACCCACCCAACCGAGAGAUCUCCCGCAAUGAGUCUCCCUACAGUAUGACAAAACCCCAUGACACCUUCCCUUCUCCCCCACCUGCCGGCCUCCAGGUGUCCAUCCCGGACUCUGUCCUCACUCCACCUGGUGCCGAGGGUGGAGGAGGCAGCAGAAAGCCCAACUUCAAUGGCAACAGUAGCAGCAGCAACAAUAAUAGUGCACCCACCUCUGUGUCCAAUGCAACUCCGGGCAGCUUGGUUCCUCCUUCCAGUUCCACAACCGCUGAUCCACUCUCCCCACCUCUCUCGGCCUCACCACGGGACAAGCAGCAGGGUACACCCACCUCCUCUGGUUCCCUGCUCUACACCAGUGACCUUGAAGCCCUGCAGAGGUUACAAGCGGGGAACAUGGUACUUCCAUUGGUGCACAGAGUCACAGGCACGCUUGCUGCCACGAGCACUGCUUCCCCGCGAGUCUACACCACUGGAACUAUUCGAUAUGCCCCGGCAGACGUCAGCUUGGCCAUGCAGGGCAACCUCCUGCCUAAUGCCCACACUGCUGUGAACUUUGUGGAUGGGCCUGGGUUUGGGAUAGACCCCAAGACACCCAUGGAGAUGCUGUACCAUCAUGUGCACCGGCUCAACAUGUCCACCCCCUUCGGUGGUUCAGUAAGCGGAGCUGGCCUCACGCAGAUGCCAGCUGCUAAUGUCUUUACCACAGCAGAGGGACUUUUCUCCACGCUUCCGUUUCCUGUCUACAGCAAUGGCAUCCACAACACACAGACUCUGGAGCGCAAGGAGGAUUGAAGCAAAACAUCGAGACCAUAUUACUGUGUUCAACUGUGUUAAAAAGACUCUUCUGAGGCAAAAGACUGUGUAUCGAAGUUGGGUGAGAUGUGAGAAGUGAGAUGUUCUAGCACUUUGAAUUUUGAGCAAUUGAGCUUGUGUAACUGAAAUGAAUGGUUUAUCUUUCUGUGUCUUUCUAUCUCUUCAACUUUCUUCUUUCUUGACUCUUUACACAAGUUCUUGAUGACCGUUUCUCUAAACAGACUAAAAAGACUCACCUCUAUCGUAAAGAGUUCCUUUUGAGCCACCGAGAAUUCAUAGCACUGUAGCGUAUGUUUUCUCUGUGGUGAGAUAUUUGUCCAGAGUAUGUAACAUCCUCAUUAGGAUGUAUUAAAGUUAUUAGAAAAAGAAAAUCGAGAAGAAAGGAAACUGUUCAUGUUUCUAAAGGUAUCUUGAUGUAAUUGAGAUUGAUGCUGACAAAAGGAUGUUACCCUGUUUGAUGUAGUUCAAAGGGUUUUACGGUUCUUUCUAAAGGGGGAAUAGUAUUUUAGAAAUAAUGCUUUUUCUUCGUUUUUAUAGCUCAACUUAACUUGCAAAUCAUGCAUUUUAAAAAAGCAAUUUUAGCCGGGUAUUGACCUGUGAAUAGAAUGUUACUAUAAAAUCCCAGGACAUGGAACAGGUCAGUGUGAGAUUUUUCCAGUUCCAUCUUCUGUUUGCAGAUUCAUGGUGCUAUCAUUGAGUUACCCUCACUCAGCUGGCUGAUGUAGGUACUGUUCCGGAACUCCAGACAAACGGCGGCUUCAGAGCUUUUCCACUGAAAAGUCAAACCUUCAACAGACUUUUUUUGUUUUCGAUUUUUUUUAUGUUUAUCACUUACCCAUGAGCAUGAGAGAGUACUUUAACUCAAUCAGAUUGAGUUUGGAAAGGGAUAAAGAAGUUUGAUAGGUUUUUUGUUUUUGUUUGUUGAAUUCUUUUUUAUCUCUCAGUUCAACUGAGACUAAUAUUGCAUCAUAAACUUGAAGAUGAUUGUUGAACUCCAACAGGCUUUGAUCAAAGCUUUUUUCAUUGUUUUGGGGAUUUUUUAAUAUAAUUUUUGGGUUAAUUGUUUACACUCCCUCUUUAGCUUAAAGCCUGGUGUCCUUUCCGAAAUCAGUUCCCCUUCAUCCCUGUACCCCUUAACUCUCUCUGGAAAUCACAUAUCAAAUAGAGAUUGUAAUAAGGACAUGCAUUUUCAAUCAAAAAAUUUUUUUUGAAAAUCCAUUCCUAAUUUUUACCCAUUGUUGCCAAAAAAACUUUACUAUCACAGUAUGGUGUUAAAACACUGUGAUUUGAUGUAAAAAAAAAAAAAAAAAAAAAAACACUAAAGUAAUAAAACGGAAGAAAACUGUCACUUCAUCCUUUGGCAGCCGUCCAUCAAGUCAUCUAUUACGCAGCGUGAUAACCGUAAACUUGUACAAUGUGUAAGUGUCAUUGGCUGUCAGUCUCCAUAGCAACUUAAGUGUGUGUUACUAUAUGCAGUAUAUACUAAGCUAAUGUAGCUGUUUUGUCCUUUGUCCUCUCUGUGCUAGUCCGGGCUCGGGAGGGGAAACAUUGGUUCUCCUUCCAGCCCCCUUGCAGUCUUAGUGAACCAGUGGAGGUUAGUGGAUUUUGUGUGGUGGCCUUCCAAUGUAGUGUCACCUAUUUUGCUGCUUCCUUUUUGUAUGUAUUACUUUUUUCUGUUUCUGCUAUUGCUUUGCUGUCGUGUAGUCUACAAACCUCUCUCUCUUCUCAGAGAUAAAAGACUCUAAACUAGCUCAAAGGUUUAAGGAGCCAUUUUUUUGCCACUGAGGAAUUCUGGGAUUGCAGUUUCCAGCUAAAACGUGAUGAGGAAUAAAAAAAAAACUGAAGUAGCAUUUAGCAGACUGGAACCUUAAAAGCCUCACAUGUGAAACAUUCCCAGAGUCCCUUGUGCUUCUCUUGUGCAUUGGGUGUAUUUCAUUGGUUUCCACCAAACCUGUUGACUUCAAGGACCCUGCAACUCACAGAAAAAAAAAAAAAAGAGAUGACGGUAGUAUUUCAGGACAACAAUUUUAAAGAUUUCUAAAGAGAUGAAAAAAAUAUUUCGCACUAUAAAAUCUAUUUUUAUAGGUGUUUUGGAAAUGCAUGUUUACUAAGUUGAUUGUUUGGUUUACUUGAUUUUGUUCGGUCCAGCGGCUUUGUCAAUGUUUAGUGUUUUUUAGUCUGUCCAGCAAAGGGAAGGGGGGGCCUUUGUCUUUUUACCUGAAUCAGGCUUCCCCCGACAUCAGGAAACUUGUGUCUGUGGUUUCUGUGAAGACGUGUUGUUACUCAAACCCAGGUCAUGAUGUUAAUGUUUUUAAAAAUGACAAUAACCGGACUCGCUGUUGGAACGGUUGCAGGAGAACUUGGCGUCACCGCUGCAGGUUAACAGGAUCCUAGAUUUUAGCAUUUUGUACGUAGAGCAGAAGCGGUCGGGACAGGGCUUGGGGGCAGCUCCAAAAACAGACACUGUGGACCAGGAAAUACACCCAUAUGUUACUAACAGAACAGCCGGGCGAGCUGUUUCAAUGUAUCUGUGUUGUGUCAAAAUGAUUGCUGGUGAUUUAAUCUUAAACUAAUCUCAGCUGCUGUCAGAUAAAUAGUGUUUAAAAUUACAAUAUGAGAAAUCACUUCAUUACCUGUGAAGACUGUGUCUGUGUUUUUAACUAUUUCUUGUACAAUUAUACAGAUUCUUUUAUGAGGAACUUGGUGCCAAGUAGAAGAAUAUGGGAGAAAGGGGAUUCUCUUAGUAUCAGUGUUAACAGUGUUAUAAAUUCUAAGUACAAACAAAUUAAAAUAUUAAAAAGAAAAAACUAUGGUACAUUUUUAUUUUGUUUUUUGUUUUCAGAGGAAAAAAGACAAAAAAAAAACUAACUGAAGCUAACUUUGAGUGCCUGGCUUAUUUUUUUGGAAAACACAUUUUUUGUUCAUUUACCAUGAAUAAUGCUGCAAUUCAAAAAUGUACAUACUUCAUUUUACAACAGGGUUAUUUUAUACUUUUGUAGGUUUUCAUCAGUUAAAGCGACAUGUCAUACAUGGUUGUCUUUCUGUAACACAGUUUUUUUACCAUCUUACAGGUGCCAUAUUCAUAAUAAACUUUUCUUGGAUUUGUUACUAUCUGGCAUCAUUUCUUUUACAUUCUGUUCAUCAUAAGUGAAUGCCGAACAUCAGUGAUUAUUCUUUGCAUUCCAACUUUCCUGUUUCUUCAUGUUUGUUCUUUCCCUCCUAUGUUUUUCUCCCAGUCUUUAGUUUUGGUUAAUGUAGCCUUUUUUAGUUACCUACAGGUUUCAGGUAAGGGAAUAUCAAUAUUCCCAUGUAGCCCUGCUGACUUUUGCUUCCACAUACAAUGAAUGGCAAUUCAGUGCACUUGUACCAGGUCCUUUGUUUCUGACAGUGAAUCCUAUACGUUGGACAGAAUCUCACGGGUAUUUCUGACAUGUUUUUCCACCUCACGGUAUCCUCACCAGGUUUUCAAUUAGCAGGAAUAUUUCAAUCUGUGUCUUCUAUUAUACUGAUCUCACUGUAACUUCCUACAGCAAAGCUAAAUAAAAGGGGAAAAA